AUGGAUAUUCACCUGCAUCCAAGCCGAGGCAUACCGUUUAGCAUUGAAGUGGGCUACUUUGACACAGUUAUGGAAAUCAAAGAGAAAAUUCGAAAGGUGAAGGGAAUCCCCAUAUCCUUGCAAACCCUAGUUUUCAAAGGCAACGUCCUACAGAACCAACUCAAUGUCCACUACUCGGAUAUCCUCGACCAGUCCCACAUUCAGCUGCUCAUCGCCGGAGAAUUUUCCCGAACAAAGAUCCAACUCCUUGUCAACAUACUGGGGUCAGACUGCCUCCUGGUGCUCGAAAUGGACGUUAAAGAAACAAUCCAAACGUUGAAGGAGAUAAUCCAUCGUAUUAAAGGAAUCCCCGUUACAAGAUUGGUUAUCCAUGCAAAUGGGAUUGAAUUACAAGAUUCAAAAUCGCUACAAGAUUGUGAGCUUCGGCAUAAAUCAAAAGUCGACGUGAGUUUUAGAUUAUCUUCUACAACAACUUCAUCAGGGAAUGUGGGUAGUGGACCAAGAAAACUGAAGAUUAAUGCGUUGACAAGAUGUGAACUAAAAAGAUCAUAUCGGAAGUGA